AUCCAUAGCCAUCAGCAUAGCAAGUGGCGCGUUCUUACGUCGACAGGACAGUUACGAUGGCGCGCGAUGCCGGUCGUUCAGAGCGCUGAGGAUGCGAGUGUUGAUGAAAGUGCUCGAUGGAAGCAGUUGUCAUUUAUAUAUUUAUGCAUUGGCAGAGCUCGCACGCAGCUUGUCGCGGCUGCGAAAACAGGUUCUGCCCUUCUCUCUUAGUCUUCGACCUUACCUGACCGAAGAAAUGUUAUAAGCUUUUCAUAAAUCGUGAAAAUUGACACGGUUCGCCUAGGGGCGCGGCCCCGCAACUUGGGCUUGGCCCCUCUGUAAGGGCGAGGCUAGGAAGGAUGGACCCUUUCAAGCCUCCGCGGAAGGGAAAUCCCACCGCUAAGCGUGGGAACUUACCUAUGGGCGUGGGGCACAUUCCAUCCCCUCCUGUCGCGUACAAGCAGCCCGGAGGCGGAGCUCCGCCACCAUCUGGACGGAAACAGCAUGGACUGCUGCAAACGCUCAAUAAGCUUGAGCAGGAGUCCGAAGACAGGGCGUUCGAGCUCAUUCGCCUGCGGACUCUCGUGCUCAAGCUGGAGAAAGAGAAAGAGGAUGCGGCCACAGUGUGCCAGGACAUGAAGCGGGAGAACGCCGAGCUUCAGCAGGAGUUGACGAAAACAAGCUCAGAGUUGCAGCGACUGAAGCGGGAGCACAACGAGCUGCGCUGCCGGCAAUGGUUGGACAACGCGCAAGGGCUCAGCCAUGUGCGCGCAGCUGCGAUCGAAGCCGCAGUGGCAGCCACAGCCGCGGUUACAGCUGCCGCUGCCGCAGCCGCCCAGCCGGCAACACCCCUGGCGCCGGCAGGCCCCAGCGGGGCAACCUCCACGCCAGGCCGCAGCGCUCCGCCCGCCGUGGAAGUGCCCGGUGGUCUCAAUGCCACCUCCGGUACUGACCAGCUCCUAACGCCCGCGGAGGGUGACCCGGGGCCGCCUUCGCCACGCAGCGACACUCUGCCAGUGGACGCGCCGCUGGGACACCAGCCCAUCACGCAGUCGCUGUCUGCGAUCGAGGAGAGUCGCGACGAGGAGACCGAAACCAGCACCACGCAGGGCGCACCCGUAGCUAGUGCCUCAGAGACGGCUCUGACGCCGCGCAGCAAGUCAGUGACAACGGCGCUGUCUCCGCUGGCUUCGGGACCGGUGCCCCCGACAGAAAGCCCGGCGGCGGAGGCAAGUUCGGGACUGGGGCGCACAGGCAACAGCAGCAGCAGUACGACCGCGGCCAUGAUUGCGCGGAGCCAGUCAGCCAAAGCGCGCACGGCAACGGCAACGGCGUUGGGCCCCGGCGCGCUUGCAGCGGCCGUCUCGGGGAUUUCAGUGACAGCCACGCCGCCCAUGUCACCUGCCGUGGGUACUCGCGGUGCCGCCGCGACCACGGCUGCGGCUGGGGGCACUCCGCUGACGCCCACCGCUGCGCACGCUACUGCCGUAUCCAUCGCUGCGGCUGCGGCGGCGGGUGGCGUCAGCGGCGCGACGCCUGGCACGCCGGUUGCGCUGCCGUCACAGCAGGUGCAGCAGGCCAGAGCAGCGGCGGCGGCGCAUGCGCUGCUGCAGGACGAAAUAAAGAUGCUGACGCUGCAGCUGGCUGACUUCAAAGACCGUAUUAUGUAUCUGCAGCAGGAGCUCACAGAGGAAAAGGCGAGGCACGAUGCCACCAUUGCGUCUAGGCGGCAGCUGGAGGAGCGCCUGUCAGAGAUCACGUCCGCGGUCUCAGGCGCCGCGCACGGCGGCGGCGGCAGCCGCCAGGGUUGGCGCAACAGCAGCGGUGGGGGCUUGGGCGGUGCUGGCGCAGGCGGGGCCGGGUCGCGAGACCUGCACCGGGCGCAGAGCCAGCACGCGCACAGCCCCAUGCGCCCCGGCGGCGACCAGACCGCCAGCGGGCAUGGCGACGCACCGCCCACGCCGCUGCGCGACCGCACCAGCGGGCUGAGCGCCGUGACGGAACACAGCCUGAGCGCGCUGCAGGACCUGAUUGCUAAGCUGCGGGACGACAAGGACUCGGGCUUGGCAGCCAAGCAGAAGGAGGCGGACGGGCUAAAGCAGAAGCUGGAGGCGGCACAGAAGGAGGUGGAGACGCUGAAGGGGCAGCUGGGGGAUGCGCAGCGGGUGAUCGUAGAGAAGCUGGCGCGCGCACCGUCGGAAGCAGCGGUGGAGGCGCUGAAGCUGCAAAUAGACAAGCUCAAGCGCCAAGUGCACAGCAAGAACAAGCAGGCGGAGGAGGCGAACUCGCGCGUAGCAGCCCUCAUGAAGGAGCUGGCGCAGCAAAGCGCGGCGGCGGAGGCGGCAGCAGCAGCAGCAGCAGUCGCGGCAGCUUCAUCAGCGGCCCCCGCAACGCCCGGCGGCGAUGUGGGGCCAGCGUCCGCGGAGCUGCAGCAGCGCGUCACGGCGGCUGAGAAGCGCGCCAAGGACGCGGAGGCGGCAAGUGCAGAACUGAAGAAGCGGCUGGCAGAUGCCGAGGCAAAGCUGGCGGAAGCACAUGCGUCGCCCCGCAAAGCAUCGGCGCAUGCGGCCGAGACGUCUGACAAGCGGCCGCCGACGCCGCCAGCGUCGUCCGAUCCCGCAGAGCGUCAGGCUGUGCUCUCGGACGGCGGUAGCGCCUCUGCCAUCGCUGCGCCUUCCCCAUCUGGAUCUGCAGCCGCCACAGCGGCAGCAACGGCGGCUACGGUGGCGGCAGCGGCGGCGGAAGCGGCGAGUGCGGCUGCUGCCGCCAAGCUGGCGACUGCUGAGAGCCGCAUCAGGGAGCUGGAAGGCAAGAUCCGCGAGAUGGAGGCAUCUGCGGAGGCGCUGGCGCAGGAGCGCAAGAAGCUGGAGGAAGCCACUGCUGCUGCCACAGAAGCCGAGCGCGCCGCCGCGGCCAAGGCGGCGGAGAAGGCGGCGGCAGAGGUGGCGGAGCUGCAUGCGCGCUGCGGCACGCUGGCGGAGCAGGUGGAGGCCGGCAAGGCCGCGGUAGCUGCGGAGGAGGCGCGGGCGGCGGAGGCACGGGCGCACGUAAGUGAGCUGGAAUCCGAGCUGGCGGCGCAGCGCGCAGGCUCCGAGGCCAAGGCGGCGGAGCUUCAACGGCAGUUGGCGGUGGCGCGGGAGGAGGCGGCCGCAACCUCAUCAGCAGUGGCGGAAGCGCAGGCGUCGCUGGCGUCCACAUCGCAGGAGCUGCAGCGCAAGCUGAAAGACCUGGAGGAUGCCCGCAGCGAGGCGGCUGAGGUGCGGCAGCAGCUGUCCACGGCGAAGGAGGAGGCGGCGGUGGCGGCGGCACGGGCGGCGGAGGAGCUGUCCGAUGCCAAGUCCGCCGCGGAGUCGCUGCGGACGGAGCUCGAGGCCGUGCGGGCGGCGGAGGCGGAGGCGGAGGCGCGGGGCAACACGCUCCAAGCUGAGCUGGACGCCACGCGCGGGGAGUGUGUGGAGCUGCGCAGCAAGCUGGACACGUCCACGGCGCGGGCGACAGAGCUUCAGACGCGGGUGGCGGCGAUGGAGGCGUCGCACGAGGCGCAGGUUGCGGCGCUGGCGCAGCACGACACGGCUAUUGCGGAGCUGCACCGUGGCAUGCGAGACAUGCAGGAGCGACUGGACGCCACAAGCGCAGACCGCGAUGCGGCCCGGCGGGAGGCGGCGGAGCGCGGCGGCGAACUGAGCGUGGCACGCGCCGAGGCAGAGGCGCUGCGGGCGGAGCUGGAGACGCGCAGCGCCGAGCUGGCGGAGAAGGCCACCAAGCUGGCUGCGGCGCUGGAGCAGGUGGCGGCGGCGGAGCCGUCCCUGGCCGCCAUGCGGUCCGACCUGGCAGCAGCCACGGCGCGCGGCGAGCAGCUGUCGGGCCAGUAUGCCGCAAGCAGCGCGCGUGCCGACAGCCUGGCGGCGCAGCUGGCGGACGCCACGUCACGUGUGGCCGAGCUCAGCGAGCGCCUUGCCGCGGCGGAGGCGCGACUCAAGGACCUGGGGACCACCCUGGCGGCGCGCGAGCAGGAGGCGUCCUCGCUGCGUGCCACAGUGGAUGCGCAGGAGGCUGACGUGGCAGACCUGGGCGCUCGCAACGGGCGCAUGCAGGGCCUGAUCAAGGACAUGGCGGGGCAGAUGGAGGUGCUGCAGGGCUCGCUGGCCAAGCAGACGGCGCUGGUGGCCAAGCUGGAGGCGGCGCUGGAGGCGGCGGGCAUGCAGGCGGCGGAGAUUGAGGACAUCUCGCGCACACAAGCCAUAGCCUACAAGGAGCGCAUCGAGGACACGGAGCGCAAGCUGAGCAGCACUCGGCUGAAGCUGAGCGAGCUGAACCGCGGCGGCGGCGGCGCCUCCUCCACAGCCGCCAUGCUGGCGUCCUCGCGUGCAGAGCUGGCGGGCCUGUUCAAGAAGCUCAAAGCCGUGUCGCAGGCGUACCGCCUGACGCUGCCGACAGUGCUGUCAAAGCAGCUGCGCGGGGACGGCGCCAACUUGACCGAGCUGCAGCUGUUCCAGAUGCUGCACGCAGUGCUGGCGGCGCUGGAGGCGGGCGGCGGCGUGGGCGCAAGCGCCGCCUCCAACGCCUCCUCCAGCAUAGGGCCGCCGCCGGGCAGCGCCGGGCCACUGCCACCCCCGCCGCUGGUGGCGUCGCAUUCGGCGGCGGUGGCGGCGGCGCAGCAUGCGGCGCUGGUCGGCGCGCCGCCGGCAUCGUCGAGCGGCCGCCCCGGCAGCAACGGCGCGGCGCCCCAGCCGCUGCCCGCCAACUAUGACGUGCGGGCGGCGCUGGCGGGGCUAGGCCAUCCGCCCGCGUACGACGGGUCAGCGGGCGGCGCGGGCCCUGGGCCGCACAUGCACCGCUCCCCCAGCUUUGUAGGCGCCUCUAGCGGCGGCGGCGCGCGGCCUGCCAGCCACCAGCAGGCACUGGCGCUUGCGGCCUCGGGGGCGGCGGGCUCGGGCGGUGGCGCCGGCGACCCUGGCUCGCCGCCUUCCUUUGGCCACGGCGUGGGCAUGGGGCGGAGCGGGGGCGGCAGCGGCAACUAUGCCAACAUCCUGCAGGUCAGCCACGACGGCAGCAUGGCAGGUGGAGGGCCAAACAGCGGCGGCGGCGGUGGCAACAUGCGUAUCAGCGGCGCUGGGGGAGGUGGUGGCCACGCGCACCAGGGUCAGCGGGGCGGGGGGCGGGACCGGCAGGUGACGGACACGGGCUCCCUGAAGACGCAGCGCGGCGAGCACAGCCGCGGCGCGAGCAUGGCAGACAGUGUGAUGGAGGAGGUGGUGGCGGCGGUUGCGAAUGAUCCGUACGACAGCGAUGACUCGUUGCCGCCCGUGCGCAGCCAAAGCCACAUGGGCGGCGCGGCGGCGGCGGGCGCGGCGCACCACGGGCUGAGGAGCAGACCGCACAGCCGGCCCGCCAGCGGCAACAGCCGGUCGGGGAGUGCGCGGCAGUCGGAAUCGGGCGUGCUGGGUGGCGGUUUGGGGUCGCAGGCGGUGAUUGCACACGGCGUGUUGGCCACCAUACCGAGCGUGCCGCACCACCUGCCACCGCUCGUGUCACGACCGUCGUCUACGGCCGUCGCCAUCGACACCUGAAGUACGCAACCGGGUACUGUUGCAACCGCUGGAAUAAUGGGACUGUACAUGAUCAAGUAUGUGCUGUAUGGGGGAUGUGAGCGUGUCACCGGCGUGCGUAGUGUUGAGGCCAUAAGGUGUGGCUCAGAACGCAGGAUGUUUUUCGUACCGUGACGGACAGAAGAUGGCAGAAGGAUGGGCUUCGCCCAAUACGGUAGUACACCCGGAGUGUAUACCCCAAUUAUGCAUCAAGACUUGGACAAUGCAUGCGUGCUGGCCUCAGGACCAACUGGCGCUCUAUCUGUGGAGUGCUGACUAUGGGAUUCCGCUGGAUUGUAAUGGUCGUGAAUUGAUGGCGGGCGUUCUCGUGUAUUGGGGGCCCUCACUGACUUGGCGGGGGCGUGCCGUAAAUGCGCCUAAGCGGCCCCUGGUGUAGGCGCUGGAGGUGCCUGACGUGAAGGGGAGGCCCGCGGACAAUGCCAGGGCGGCAAUCCAAGCACCGACGUGGGCUCGGCCGCCGCCGGAAAGCUCGCCGCUCUACUGCACGCACACCCACGCGGCUGUCACUGCUCGCAGCGCUCAGAUCCCGCAAGGUGGACAUGCCAGCGGCCACGGCGGCUGCAUGCAAGGAAGCGUGCGCCGCCCCGCCCCCUGGCGACCCACGCGUGACAAUCUGCAAGAUCCAAACUUGUGUCUUCCAUUCAUAAUCUCACGGCGCUGUGCCGUCAGGUAUUGAGUGGGGGCAUGGCAGCUAGCGCCUGCUGCGAUGCGUGGACUGGGCGCGGCGCGGCGGCGGCCGAAGUCUGUCCGCAGGCGUGUGCAGCCGCACAUUUUGACAGGCCAUCU